UUUAUAUAUAUAUAUAGCUGUGAGAUCUUAAAUCAUAUAGAUAGAACUACAUCAAAAUAUAUAUAAAGAAAACAAGCUUAUCCAUGGCAUCGUUCAAGUCUUUGGCAGCCGUUCUCAGUGUUCUUUUUCUAGCCAUGACUGCUAUAGAACCGGUGGUUCAAGCCCAAGAGUGUGGCAACGAUCUAGCAAAUGUGCAGGUGUGUGCCGCCAUGGUGCUGCCCGGUUCAGGCAGACCGAAUUCAGAGUGUUGCGCCGCACUUCAAUCUACUAAUAGAGAUUGUCUAUGCAACGCUCUCCGUGCAGCCACCUCUCUUCCUUCGCUUUGUAACCUUCCUCCUGUGGAUUGCGGUAUAAAUGCUUAGUUAAGCACUUGAGCUAAGUCAAGUCCGAGAUGAUCAAGGAAAACGGGAAAAAUAAAGAAUAAUGGGAACUAUUCUAGUUUUAUGUUUUUUUUUCUCACUUCUGCCUCUUUUAUUAUAAUAAAGUUCUGGUAGCUUUGCUUAGAAAUUUAGAUACUACUAGUGUAAUAAAAAGCUUUGCUAAUUAUGAGAAUAAAACCUUCCCUGUCUGAUAAUCA